AAUGGCCAGAAGAGGAAAUAGAUUAAAUAAUGUGCUAAUUCAAGGAUUGAAGACAUUUGGAGAGAAUGGAUUUGAAAUGAGAAUUCGAAAUAUUGGUAACGAAACGUUUAUCGCCUCAAUAAAAGAAAGUUUUAAUACAACUGAAAAUCAGGUCUACAAACGCAAUGAUGAUGCUUCGGGAGCAUUGUAUUAUGUGUGUGCCGUUAUUGUAAUCUAUGGUUUUGGAAUAAUCUUAAUGAUAGCUUCGGUAAUAAAUAAAGGAAAGCACGAUAAAUCUAUUUACAAGUACAUAGCUGAUCUUGACAAUUUAAAGAGAUUGGAGAAGAGAAAGGAAAAGUUCAAAACAAGGUUAAUAAUGCAAAAGAUACAAAAGAAAAAGAUUCCUUUUAAGACUAUACACACAGCACCUCAGAGAAUGGCAUUGGUUAAAGACGAUGAAUCCUAUCCCUGGGGAGAUGUUCCUUCCGGUCAGCAAACGAAAGAGGGAAUAGAUGAACAAUUUGCCUUCUAUCAACCACUUGUAUCUCUUAAGAAUACUGAAAUAGAGCAAGAGUCGGAUGAGCUGUGCAUUAUUCAAGUGGACGAAAAUUGCGAGGAAGAGGAAGAAGAAGAAUAUGUUGAGCAAACUGCUUCGUCUCCCGACACACCGAAGAGAGAAGAAAACUUUGACUUUGUUUAG